UACGGCAUUACAGGCAUAAGCCGCACCAACACGGCUACAGCGCAACAGAGCGCCAGUUCUCUUCCGAAGAGGGAAGCUGCCUUGUACUUGUACUUGAAGGCGCCUCUCCAGCUCUCCUUGCUGUUUCGCAAGUACUGUACCGUGACGGUGUGGUUAGAGUCUGUAAUCGCUGCUAGGCUGCAGCAGCAUUUGCAGGACAACUAGAAGGGCAAGGAGCAGGAAGAUGAGAGCCGCUACAAGAACAAAAUAAAAGUUACUUUGUCGCUCCUCGUUCCGCCUGUGACCGCGGAGUUUCGUCGUCAGUUGAGUCUUCAUGACAAGGAACCCCUCAGCCUUGCAGCAGGAACACACAGUAGCACCGUGUUCGUCUACUAUUCGUAACCAUUGGCAACUGCGCCGACUGGGUCCUCCCCGUACAACUGCUUCCAGCAGAUUUGUGAGAGUCGCCGACCGUUUGUGUGAGCCUUUGCCCCUGCAGCUGACUCUUAGGCUACGUAAACUGAUACACUGAUAGUGGUGUGGCUGUUCUUCUUGUCGUGAACACUGCAUGAUCGACCGUGCACGCGUCAAUAGCGACAAAGAAUCAGGGUCUGUACAGGGACCCGGAUAUCUCGUAACUCAACUCAGCCUGAAACAUGGAAGAAGAAUUGGCGGCAGCCAACGACCAGCGCCCGAGCGGAGCAGCUGGCGGCGAACGUCGCUCGAGCGCAGAAAGCGGCGAGGAGCGGCGCCCCAGCAGGGCGGCCGAAGCUGCCAAGCCUGAAAAACAGCCCAGUGUAUGGUCAAAAGUUGUUGCUGCUGUGAGAAGGAUUAGGACGGAUGAUGAUACAUACGACCCAAAUCUGCUUUCCUCUCCGAAAAUAACCGCGGACAAUAUAAGCCGAACGAACGUCCGGUAUCUAUGUCACUUGAAGUGGCAUCUAGAAAAGACGGGGAAGGAUGAGGCCUGGCGUCAGUGGGUAGUUGAAUUCCUGCAUGUGGGUGGUCUGCAAGCUCUCUUUGCCUGUUUGAACGAGAUGAUGAAAGGCCGUAUUACCUUCUGUGACGUCACAGUGCAAUUGGAAUGUGUGAAGUGUAUUGAACUCGUCCUGAACACCCCUAUGGGAAUAAAUCAUUUACUGGACACAGCAGUUGGCCAGGUUGUCUUCUUCUCUAACGGUAUGCUGAACGACUAUACACUGGUGAGAAAUGAGAUAGCUGGACUGCUGGCGUGCCUAGCCCUGUACGAUAGGGAAGGCUUCCGUCUUGCUUUGGAGGUUCUGCAGAAUAUCCAGUUGAAGCUAAGCCUGCGCAAUAAGUUCAGUUAUAUUAUGACUCAGCUUGACACAUAUAUAAUGCACCCUGGAUACGUUUUCAAUCUCCUGGGGCUAGUCAAUACACUGUUGACACAGGCCAUAACUGUCCAGGAGAGGCGCAAGAUUCUUGCUGAGCUGAUGAGCUGUGGCAUGGACGAAAAGGUCUAUAUGAUAAAAUCGAUUUCGGAAUUGGGCUCGAAAGAGAUAGCAAUCCAACUGCAGGUGUACGAGGAAAUCAAAGAUAUUGAGGAGAACCGAAGCGAACCUGGUGAUAUUGACCAGGAAAUCGAUGCAAGAACCUCUCUCAGCCUAUGCUGUGAAAUCGACAACUUGGUGCGUGACACACCUCACCACCAGGAUUUUCAUACAGUACUGCAAGUUCUUCUCCUCAUCGACAGAGAUCCACCUCACAAGAAGGAUCGCUGGAGGGUUACCAAAAAGCUGGUGACCAAGGUGUUGCUUGCCGAGGAAGAUGUCCUGCAGGAUCUGGCACUUCGCCUGAAAGAUUCAAGCAUGACGUUGUGUGAUUGUUACCACGUACUGAAAAAUGAGCCACUUCGCAAGAAGAAGGGACCUUCAGACGGUCCGCCCAGGCCAGCGUCGCUAUCUGAGCGUGUCCUUUGCUCGUUAGACUCAGAUUCAUAUACCUGUGCACCCGAGAGUACGUCAGCGACGCUGGCACAAGCCGCUCCGGCAGCACCUGCACCUGAUAUCCACCUUCCUGCUGUCUCACCAGUAGACCUAAGUGAGGGGCAGAUGCAACAACUACCAGCAGAACAGCACAUGGGAAGAUAUUCCCGUGGUGACUCUACCACACCUCCUCCGGCACCAGGCUCUCCAGAUUUAGCAGCAGCAGCAUCAGCGGAUAUGGCAUUCCCUCCGCCUCCGUCUCAAUCAAUGGAAGGAGCGGCAUUCCCCCCGCCUCCGCUUGAAGCAAUGGAAGGAGCGGCGGUGUACACGGCUGCCCCUGCUGCUGCUGCCACUGCCACUGGUGACACUGGUGCUACUGCUGCUGCUGCUAGCGCCAGUCUAACCACUCCACCACUUGCACCGCCACUUCCGUCCACCAACGUUACAGGGAUAGAGGAGAUAGAGGCAGCUGCAGAACAAUCGUCCGUUCCAAUGCCUACUAAGCGGAUGAAAAAGCUAAAUUGGGAGACGAUGUCAGCACAGGAAGUCGCCAACUUACCUGGAAAUAGCGUUUGGAAGAUGAUACAGGCGAGCGGUAAAAUGAAUGAAGAUCUCGUGGGCUACGCAGAGUUAGAGAGGCUCUUUUGUCUUCCUGAGAAGUCCCUCAGCGCUGAAAGAUUAGAUGCCCCAAGACCAGCGCCACCGCCACCGCCUCAACGUUCUACAAUCGUAACUUUGCUGGACAGCAGAAAGAGUAUGGCUAUUGGUAUCCUCCUGAAAAAGUUGAAACGGCCAUUGUCACAAGUAGUGACAGAUCUUACUGGAUACGGGACUCACAGUGACAGUACAACGGAAUGUAACAUUGGUUUGGACGAUCUACGCAUGCUAUUUCGAUUAUUACCUGACCAGAGAACUAUUGAGAUGAUUCGUGUAUAUCCAGGCGAUAUAUCUAAACUCGCCGAUCCAGAACUUUUUUGUCUGGAGUUGAGUGAAGUGCCAGACUAUCGACUACUUCUUAAAACAGAGAUACUUAUCAAGGAAUUUGCACACAUCCACAGUUCAUCCACAGAAAGCCUUUGGGACUUGGAUAGUGCCAUUGCUGCUCUGGUUGACAAUGAGAAGCUGGCACAAGUGUUCGGUCUUGUACUGCAAAUUGGUAACUUCACAAACAAGCGUGGAUUUUCAGGGGGUGCUUCCGGAUUUCGGUUAGCUUCACUCCUGAAGAUGGAUGACACGCGGACGGGAAACACGGAUAGGACAACACUGAUGAACUACUUGUUGAUCGCUAUCGAAGAGCACCAUAGUGACCUUCUUUCACUGCCUAUUGAACUGCUGUCCAUUCUCAAGAAGGCGUCCAAGGUUUCCCUGAGUCACAUUGAGACCAGCAUUGAUUCCUCUGAAGCAGAGCUUGCCACCAUUAGCAAGGCAAUGGAGACGGCAGAUAAAAGGUCAAAACGACGAACCACUACUCGCUUACGGGACAUCAUAAUUACCAUUCCCACCAUACGAGAUCAACUGGAUCGUAUUCGUUACCUCGGUCUUGGUCUGGCUACAUACCUAGGCGAGCCAACAGAAAACUUUCAACUGGAAGCAACCAUAGAUCUCCUAGCUAAGUUUGUAAAGCGCUUUGAAGAUGCCCACGAGGAGAAUACACGGCGUAGGAAGAUUGCAGAAGAACACGCAAAGCACGCGGGAAGGAUGCUAUCAACAUCAAUGGAUGAUACGUACAUACGCUUGAACAACCUGAAAGAUGAAAUUGGGCGUGGCUUCAAGCUGGAUCCGAGCCGCCCGGUACGGCGCAAUUCCCUGAAAAUGUUGGACUACCAGGAAAUGCCGGGAUUGGACAUACCAUUGGACUUUCCCGGCCUGGCAUCAGCCAGCGGGGCCGCUCAAAGCCAUGGUGAUCUGCAGGAUGAAGCUUCCAUACUGGACACUAGCAACGCUAGCUUAAUGGCGACUAGAAGCCAAGCAAAAUCUGAAGCUAAUAUUACCCAGCAAGAGGAGCAAGAGCAAUGGCAAGAUCGUGCUGGCCUGGAAUCAAGCCGCUUGAAAUACCAUGGCAAGCAACGCGGGUCAGGAAGACGCAAGUCUAUGAGUUUAAUGAAUCUAAUACCUUGGAGGAGGAAUAGUAGCAGCGGUCAAGCAGAUCAAGCAGAUGACGAGCCCGCGGUGAGCCUAGCUACCCGCAGGACAUCCACUAUUGCAUCGAGCAAUCGAGCUGUUGACAGACAGCUCAGUCCCAGCCAGCCUAAGCAGGUAGCAGAGGAGAGGGAUUCGACGACUGUCUAUCUUGGACCUAAAGAAUUGAUAGCGGCCGCAUAUGUGUUGGAGAAUCCACAGCUUAAGUCUUCAAGUGUCCCCGCACAAUAUUCUUUGGAUAGUGAUGAUGAAGAGGAUGCUCCUGCUGGAGCUGCUCAGGCAGCGGCAAAGGUCCCCGCAGGCUCUUCAGAAACAGCAGCAGCAGCAACUCUAGCACAAGUAGUAGCGUCGGCUGAAGGACCUCUGCCAGCUCUAGCAGAGGAUGUCGAAGGUUUGGACCAACUCUCAACUUCACUCAAUAUCUAUGCUCGUGGUACUAGUGCAUCAGCAACAGCUGGCACUGCGGGGACUGGGUUUGAGCAAGCCAGUGACCAGCCACGAAAACGCAAAAGAUCUUCCUCAGCUCAGAGACAGCAGCCAGCUUCUGCUCCCCAAUCUAUUCGAUCAAAACUAUCAACUGCCCUACAUGCACGGCGGCGGAAGUCUACUUCCACACAACAAGAAGCCCCGGUGACUGGUCAAGAAGCUCCCACGGCUCGUCAAGAAGCCCCGGUGACCGGUGAAGAAGGCGGCGAAAAGUCUUUGGGUCCGGCUCCACAGGCGGAAUAUCCACCGUCCGUUCAACAAGGCGCAGGCGAAAGUAGUUCCAGGGUAUCAUUUGUUUGAUGUCGGACAUUUGGUUAAGUUGAAUCAAUAGAAAUGGAUCAUGUCUAGGGCAGUAUUUGAUGAUUAUUCAUAGCAGGCCUGGUUGUUUGUUUGGUGAAAAUUACACUGUUUGAAAACCAUCAAAAAGGUAUCAAACAAUUGAAAUAGGUUUUACUAAACGUUCACUGUUAGUAUCAUUUUCCAUCAAGUCCUUCAUUUUCUUUACGUAAAUGUUAUGAUUCGAACAGGCUUCAGUGUACGUUGAGCUGUGCAAGGAAGUGUAAAUCCUUGCUUUACUAUUUACUGGUAUUGUUUGAAUCCUUGCUUUGCUAUUUACUGGUAUUGGUAUUGGUGCCCGACUGGCAUACAUAUGCCGUGGUAUGUUCCGUAUCAAAGUAUUUGUACUCCAUGGAUAAUUUAUUUCAUAAUUUCCGACUACUGCAUGCAUAUUGGUUCUGUAA